AAUGACUGUAACUUAUUCACUCGAUGUUGCUUCUUCUUCUUUUUUCUGCUUAUACAAACUACUAUUUCGAUGGAAGGGGUCAAUCUGGAAAUCGGUGUGGGCUGAGCUUGUAGUUUGGCUUUGUCUUUAUGCAGUGCUUAGUGUUAUUUAUCGAUGCCUUUUAACAAUGAAGCAAAGAGCAACGUUCGAAGAUCUUUGUAUAUUUUUUGAUACUUAUUCCAAUUUCAUUCCAAUUACAUUCAUGCUUGGAUUUUAUGUCUCUGCUGUUUUCACACGAUGGUGGCAGAUUUUCGACAACAUAGGGUGGAUUGACACGCCUUGUCUUUGGAUAACUCAAUAUAUCAAAGGGGAAACAGAGCGAGCAAAGUGUGUGAGAAGAAAUUGUAUAAGAUACUCAAUUCUUACACAGGCUAUGGUGUACCGUGACGUUGCAGCAAGCGUUCGCAAACGUUUCCCCACUUUCAAUCAUUUAGUUACUGCUGGCUUGAUGACAGAAAAAGAAAUGGCCGAGUUCGAGUCUAUCCCUAGUCCACACGCAAAAUAUUGGCAGCCAAUGCAUUGGUUGUUUUCGAUGAUCACUUUAGCGCGAGACGAAGGAAUGAUUUCAAGUGAUAUCAUAUAUGUAGACUUGAUGGAGAAAAUGCGCCAAUUUCGUGUCAACAUUCUUUCAUUAACAUUAUUUGAUUGGGUUCCUGUCCCUCUUGUUUAUACACAAGUUGUCCAUCUUGCAGUACGAUCGUAUUUCCUGAUAGCGUUGUUUGGUAGACAGUAUCUCCAUCCGGAGAGCAACCGUUUAAAUGACUUUAAGCAAACUAUUGAUUUAUAUGUACCAAUUAUGUCACUUCUCCAAUUUAUAUUUUUCAUUGGGUGGAUGAAAGUUGCCGAAGUGCUUCUCAAUCCUUUGGGAGAGGAUGAUGACGAUUUUGAAUGCAAUUGGAUACUUGACAGAAAUUUACAGGUGGGAUUGAUGGUUGUUGAUACUGCAUAUAACCGUUAUCCAACUCUUGAAAAAGAUCAGUUCUGGGAGGACGCAAUUGCGGAGCCUCUUUACACUGCAGAGAGUGCGAUGAGACCUCUGAAUCCACAAGUCGGAUCUUGUGCGGAUAUGCCAACCGAAGAAGAGCCUUUCAUGGUUCGUCCACGAAGACGGACGCUGUCCAGAAUGUCACACUGGGAUGGCGACAUGGAAGAUACUGAUGUUGUUCCGGUUGUGGGUCUGAAACACACGCGUGAUAAUAGUAAUUAUGCUUCUGGCGAAUCUCUAGCAUUUUCGAAUAGCUUUGCCAAUGGUGGUAGGAAACUGAGUGAGAUGUUUCGAAGAAUGAGAGCUGGGAGCAGAAUUGGUGAUAGGUAUAGGAAACGCAACUCGUCAGCACAAGACUUUGAAAAUGGAAUGGCAAAAAAAAACAGUAUUGAUGAAAAUGCAGAUAUUCACAGUAAUAGGCUCGAUCAAGCAUCCGGUACACCAAAAUCAGGAAGGCUUUGGAGUUCGAUGCCUCAAACACAAUUGGAAGAAAUGCUUAAGAAUAAAAACUUUAACUCUCCUGUCAAAUACAACACUGAUGGGAUGAAAGACCGAGAGCUUCAAAAUCCAACACCAAUCACUGAUCACAUUGAUUUGCCUUUGCAUGUGGCGAGUAGUCAAUCAUGGUUUAACGAAAGUUUACCAGUAAUCAAAGAGGAGGAAGAAGCUAAAAGAAAAUCCAACACGGAUACAGAGUCUCCAAAGUCUAGUAAGCAUUCAAGUAUGUCAAUCAGAAGAUCGGAAUUGAGAAGAUCAUCAUCUUCAGGUAGUGAUCUAGGCAAGUCUGGAAAGCGGGAGAGAAAGAAGAGCGAGUGAUUUUUGAACAGUAUGAUAAAAUAUUUUUUGUUUCUCUUUUCACUCUAAACUGAAGAUCCCUUUCAUUUCAUUUUUACAUAUUUAUUAUAUUUUAAAUUUCAAAUUGCUUAAUUAAUUUUCUAUUUUUUAAUAAACAAUUGUGUAAA